AUGCAUCAACACAGUUCUGUCUUCUUCUUCGUGUUCGCGGUGGCGGCUGGCCUGAUAUUGGUCGGCGCCCAGGCACGCGUGGUCGACGCGCAGGCCGAUUCGCAGGUGCAGGCCCUCUACGACCUGUACCAGUCGACCGGCGGCCCCAACUGGAUCAACAACACCGGCUGGGCCUCGCAGAACGACGACCCCUGCGGCCGCAAGGCCGGCAACCGCCCCUGGUAUGGAGUGACGUGCGCGGGCGGGUAUGUGAUCAAGCUGAAGCUCGACCGCAACGGCCUGGGCGGCGUGCUGCCGGCCUCGAUCAGCAACGUGCCCUACAUCGAGGGCCUCCACUUCCGCGGCAACAUGCUCAUCGGCGGCAUCCCGCGCUCGCUGGGCGACAUCCAGUCCCUGCGCACCCUGGAUCUGGCCUACAACCACCUGGGCGGCGGCAUCCCCCCGCUGGGCACCAACUCGACGAGCCUGGCCUACCUCUACCUGGGCAACAACCAGCUGGGCGGCACCAUUCCGGCCUCGUUCCAGUACCUGACGGGCCUGGCCGAGCUCGACCUGGCCAGCAACCGGCUCACCGGCCCGGUGCCCGACUGGCUCGCGUCGCUGUCGCUCACCUCGCUCUGGGUGGCCUACAACUCGCUGAGCGGCCAGUUCCCGCUCAAGGUGUGCCAGUCGCUCAUCCUGUGCUCGGCGGCGUUCAACUCGCGGCUCAUGUGCCCGUCGAUGAGCUGCACCUGCGGCGCCAUGCAGUCGUGCAACUGCAACAACAUGUGCCAGACGUCGAACGACUGCACGGGCCUCUGCACCCGAUGCGUCGGCGCCUCGCCCAUCAUGAACGGCUACUGCCAGUGA